AUGGUUUCUUCUCUAUCCUUCGCAAAAAAUGGGGAUGCAGGAACAAUGUCAAAUCCGUCCAGGAAGGGCCUCUCCGGAAGUGUGUGUAUCCCGGUGGCCCCACCCACGGCUUCCCCAACAUUUUUCCUCCAUCAGGUGAAGGCUGCUCUUUCGUCUUCUGCAUUUCCCUCUCCUUCCACAGUUCUCUCCUCUUGCUGCAUCCAAUCAAAGGAUGCGCGUCGAGGGCUGUUCCGCAGUGUUGCACGGGGACUCGCGACAGUGAGCUGCAGUGGGGAAGACAGUUCAAUCAGAGGGACAGCACAUGCAGACAGCGCCAACACGAAGGACUCCGGCGCCGAUGCUGGACAAGGCGAAGUUCAUUCCUUCAAGGCAGAGACAAGGAAACUGCUGCACAUUGUAACGCACUCGCUCUAUACGGACAAAGAAGUGUUCGUCCGGGAGCUUAUCUCCAACGCUGCCGAUGCCCUUGAAAAGCUUCGUUUUCUUCAGGCAACUCAAGUGUCCGGCACGGACAGUAAUCAAUCCAUUCCCCUCGAGAUCCAUCUGAGCACGGAUGCAGCUGCCAAGACGUUCACUCUCCAGGAUACAGGGGUUGGAAUGACUAAGGAGGAGCUCUUGGAGCACCUGGGCACAAUCGCAAAGUCUGGGAGUCUGGAGUUUCUCAUGAAGCAUCAAGGAGAGAAGAACGCCGAUAUCAUAGGCCAGUUCGGUGUGGGCUUCUAUUCCGCCUUUGUCGUAUCUGAUCGCGUUGAUGUUUACACGCGAGCACACGAAGAAGGCGCGAAGGCCUAUCUGUGGAGCUCAGACGGAGCAGGAGAUUUUACCGUCAAGGAGCUUUCCGAGGCAGAGGCGGAAGCUGCCGGUCUCAAGAGAGGAACCAAAAUCGUUUGCCAUCUCAAGAAAGACUGUCUUGAAUUUUCGAAUAUUUACCAUGUUAAAGAAUGUGCUACGAAGUUCUCCUCUUUUGUCAACUUCCCAAUCUAUGUCAAGGAAGGAGAAGGGAAAGACACGAAAAUCACAUCCCAACAGGCGUUGUGGCUGCAAGCGUCGGCCACGGAGGACGAACAUCGCCAAUUCUUCAGGUACUUAAGCAAUACUUCGUGGGGUGACCCCAUGUACAGUAUCAUGUUCCGCACCGAUGCGCCUCUCUCCAUCAAGGCGGUUUUUUAUAUUCCGGAGGAUGCUCCAAGCCGCCUUUUCCAACCGGCAAAUGACGUUGGGGUCUCGCUGCACUCGCGCCGUGUUUUAGUGAAGAAAUCUGCGACAGAUAUCAUACCUAAGUGGCUUGGCUUUGUCAAGGGUGUCAUCGAUUGUGAUGAUAUCCCCCUCAAUGUCAGCCGCGAAAAUAUGCAAAACUCACUUCUCAUUGAGAAGCUGUCUCAGAUCCUUGUCCGGAGAAUUCUGAAAUUCCUGGAUGACCAGUCGAAGUCGAACCCAGAGAAGUACCUGGAGUUUUACCGAAAAUACGCGCAACACCUGAAGGAGGGGGUGCUGGACGACGCACACCACGGAAGCAAGUUCAAAGACAGUCUUCUGAAGCUUCUCAGAUUUCAAACGUCAGAAACCCCAUCUGGCGAGCUAGUCUCUCUGGACAAGUAUCUCGAAAUGGUCAAACCCGAGCAGCAAAACAUCUACUUCUACUGCUGUCCUGGUCGCGAGACCGCCAUGGCGUCGCCGUAUAUGGAGCAGUUCAGGGAGUGGAAGAGACCCGUACUGCUGAUGAUGGACGAUAUUGACGAGUUCGUAGCCAUGAACGUUCAAUCCUUCAAAGACAAGAAGUUUGUGGCUAUUGAUGCUCCAGAGGAAGACUUCGAGCCGCUGCUUGAGGAAGACAAAGAGGGGAGAAAGGAGAAAAAGGUCGAUACUCCAGCCCUAGUUGGUGACCAUCGGAAGGAACUAGAACUGUUUGUGCAGAACACUCUGGGAAGCCGGGUAUCCUCUGUCAAGUUUUCCGACCGUCUCGUCAAGACACCUGCAGUCGUGACGGGCUUUUUGUCCUCAACAUUGCGGAAGAUGAUGAAGGCUACCCUCCAGGGGGCACCUGAUGCUCAAUUAAAAAUGGCAAGUCUACCUGUUACGCUGGAGCUCAACCCUCACCAUCAGAUGAUUACAUCUCUCUAUCACCUUCAGCGCACCAACAGCGAUGUCGCCAAGCUGUUAGUCGAGCAGCUCUACGACAAUGCGUGCAUCGCUGCGGGUAUAAUGGAGGAUCCACGCUGUAUGUUGGAGCGCCUUAACCAUUUGCUCGAAGUAACUGCUCAGUAUGCUUACCACCACACCGAAAAUGCGGCAGCGGCUGACGUGACGUCUCCCGACAGCGACACAACUUCAACAAGUGCGACCGAAGACAAAAGAAAACAACCCGAAUCUUCAGCUGCACAAGAGGUCUGUACAGGCGUGCCGGAGGUGGAGCCGAAGAAGGCUGAGGCUGUCGGGCGAGAGGGGGCCAGCGCGUAA